AUGAUGGACCUUUUUGAAACUGGCUCCUAUUUCUUCUACUUAGAUGGAGAAAAUGUGACUCUGCAGCCAUUAGAAGUGGCCGAGGGCUCUCCUUUGUAUCCAGGGAGUGAUGGUACCCUCUCCCCCUGCCAGGACCAACUGCCCCAGGAAGCCGGGAGUGACAGCAGUGGAGAGGAACAUGUACUGGCGCCCCCGGGCCUGCAACCUUCCCACUGCCCGGGUCAGUGUCUGAUCUGGGCUUGCAAGACUUGCAAGAGAAAAUCUGCCCCCACAGAUCGGCGGAAAGCUGCCACCCUGCGCGAAAGGAGGAGGCUCAAGAAAAUCAACGAGGCCUUUGAGGCCCUGAAGCGUCGGACUGUGGCCAACCCCAACCAGAGGCUGCCCAAGGUAGAGAUUCUGCGGAGUGCCAUCAGCUACAUUGAGCGUCUGCAAGACUUGCUGCACCGGCUGGAUCAGCAAGAGAAGAUGCAGGAGCUGGGGGUGGACCCCUACAGCUACAGACCCAAGCAAGAAAUUCUUGAGGGUGCGGAUUUCCUGCGCACCUGCAGCCCCCAGUGGCCAAGUGUUUCGGAUCAUUCCAGGGGGCUCGUGAUAGCUACUAAGGAAGGAGGAGCAAGCGUGGAUGCCUCAGCCACCAGCAGUCUCCAGUGCCUUUCUUCCAUAGUGGACAGUAUUUCCUCGGAGGAACGCAAACUCCCCAGUGUGGAGGAGGUGGUGGAGAAGUAA